ACCGUUUUACUACGUGCAGCGGCUACCUUUUGAUUAGUAAAUGUACAGGUUGUGUUACGACGCGCGCACGCGCCACUGAAAAGCGGCUCUUUUUGACGGCUUAUUUUACGUGUUUCCUGUCUGAUGUCUGGCAACCCGGACCAAAAGGCUCAGGUCCUGCAGCUGGCUAGCCAGCUGAUCGCAGUAAACAGCUUCUGACAGGAUACUGUAGGUGUUUGUCAGUGCCAUGCCCGAGCCUGGGUGACCCGGCGGACUCACUGAUAACAGGAUCCAGACUUCCAGCUCCUUAUGGCUGUAUAUGAUGAGAACAUCCUGAAGAAUCCUUUCUACUUGGCGUUGGAGAAGCAGAGACCGGACCUCUGCAGCCGAGUGGCAGAGCUCCACGGCAUUGUUCUGGUGCCUUGUUGUGGAAGUUUGACCGUCAGCAGCUACUCAGACUCUCAGUUCGACAGCUAUGUCCUGCAGCUUGUGGAGGACGGAUACCGGACUGCGGAUGGAAAGGAGGUCAGGAUCCAGGACAGGCAGGUCCUGCUGGGAUCCGGCUUCCCGGCUCCGGCGUCGGUCCCCAUCCUGUUUGAGGAAACCUUCUACAACGACCAGGAGCAGAGCUACAGCAUCUUGUGCAUCUCCAGGCCCGUCGAGGUGGACCCGAGCCCGGACGAGCUCGGCCCGCCGCCCCCCUACUGCCUGAAGAGCCUGGAGGACGUCAGGGAGUUCCUGGGCCGCCACGGCCAGAAACUGGACAAGUUCAUCCACGGCUUCUGUCAGGCCUUCAAAGAGCAGGAGAGGAAGGGACUCCGACACCACAUAGACUCUGUGAAUGGACUUUACACUAAAUGUCUUCAGUGUCUGCUGAGAGACUCUCGCCUGAAACUUCUGGCGAAGCAGGAUCUUCAGAUGACUCUUCUCAAACAGGCGGUAGAGAUGUAUGUUCAUCAUGGUAUCCAUGAUUUAAUUUUUAACUUUGUGGGAACGCUUGAAGCCAGCCAGGACGCUGCCUUCAACAAAACCAGCAGGAGUCUGCAGGAACUGCAGCAGAAAGACCUGGGAGUCAAACCCGAGUUCAGUAUAAACUUGUCUCGGGCGAAGAGAGAGCUGAGUCAGCUCAACCAGCACACCUCCCCCCUCCUCAAACUGCUGUGUCUGCGCAGAGUCGUCCUGACCGCCACCCAGACCCCCCGACGCACCGUCAGUAUAGAGGCUGUGUGCGCAGACGACCUGCUGUCUGUCGUCCUCUAUCUGCUGGUGAAGACGGAAAUCCCCAACUGGAUGGCCAACCUGAGCUACAUCAGGAACUUCUGCUUCAGCCACUCCAGUAAAGAUGAACUCAGCUACUGUCUGAGCACCUUCGAGGCCGCAGUGGAGUUCAUCAACCUGGGGAAGCUGCAGGACACACACCAUGGCUCAGGUGAGCUGAAUGACAAGGCGUUGUUCAAAGAGAGGAUGAGUCUGCUGUCUCAGAGCGCCGCCACGCCCAUCCACUGUCUGUUUGAGCACAUAGCAAAUGGAAACGAAGCGGAGGUGGAACGUCUGCUGAGUGAAGGAGAGAGCAACGAGGACGUCAGGAUGUGUCAUCCCCUCUGCUCCUGUGACCUCUGUGACCUCCAGCUGUCCGGGCGGUUGAACGACCCAUCCAUCGUCACACCGUUCUCCAGAGACGACCGAGGUUACACUCCGCUGCACGUCGCUGCGAUCUGUGGUCAGUCCCAGCUGAUCGACCUGCUGGUGUGUAAAGGCGCACCGGUCAACGCCACAGACUACCACGCCCUCACACCGCUGCACCUGGCCUGCCAGCGGGGAUACCAGGGAGUCACGCUGCUGCUGCUGCACUACAAGGCCAACACGGACGCUCAGGACAACAACGGAAACACUCCGCUGCACCUCGCCUGCAUGUACGGGCACGAGGACUGUGUGAAGGCGUUGGUGUACUACGACGUCCAAACGUGCCGUCUGGACCUGCAGAACGAUAAACGCGACACGGCGCUGCACAUGGCGGCCCGCUGGGGCUACGAGGGAAUCAUCCAGGUGCUGCUGGAGAACGGCGCGAGCACCGACAUCCUCAACAAGAGCAAAGACUCACCGCUGCAGUGCGCGCUCAACUCCAAGAUCCUCAUGUUGUUGCAGUCGACUCAGAACGGCCAGCAGCGCAGCGGAGUCGAUUCGCCCAGCCGCUCCCCUCAGGCCUCAGACUGCAGCAGCCGUCGCUCCUCCGUCUCCAGCACCUCCUCUCUGGGCUCCGAGGCCAAACCAGAGGGAGAACGGGUCCGACACAGAGAGGUGGAGAAGCUGCUGCGUGCCGUGGCAGACGGUGAUGUGGAGAUGGUGCGUUACCUGCUGGAGUGGAUGGAUGAGGAAGAGGGGAACGAAGGCGAGCUUGGGUCCGAGACUCUGCUCUGCCACCCGCUGUGUCAGUGUCCGAACUGCGCUCCCACCCAGAAGCUGUCUGUCCUGCAGGCUGGAGCUCUCGGCAUUAACAGCUGUAACGUGGAGGGUUUCACGCCGCUCCACGUCGCCGCCCUGCACGGCCACUCUGCGCUGGCCGCCCUGCUGAUCCGCCACGGAGCCAACGUCAACGCCCGCACCAACCAGAGCGCCACGCCGCUUCACCUGGCCAGCCAGAACAGCCACGUCCAGGUGGUGAGGUUUCUUCUUGAGUGCAACGCCAAACUGAACAAGAAGGAUCACUAUGGCAACACACCUCUAAUACAAGCCUGUCUCUGUGGAAACCUGGAGACAGCCACCACCCUGUUACAGAGUAAUGCGUUGGUGAACGUGGUGAACCUUCAGGGGAACACGGCCCUCCACGAGGCGGUGCGGGGCGGACACCAGCCGCUGGUGGAGCUGCUGCUGAGGGGCGGAGCCUCGCCCGGCCUCAGGAACAAGAGACAGAGGACGCCGCUGGACUGCGCCUACGAACUGGGCGGCAAGAACACUGAGAUCCUGAGAGCUCUGCAGAAAGCGUCUGGACUUUCUCCCGAUGCCGAACCAAUCAAACUCCUCUCUGUGCCCAAAGGAGCUCUGGCUCAUUCGUUCGUGCAGCGUCUGAGGCUGCAGGAUCACGCCAACGGCAGGAGGCAGAAGCUGGCCCAGUCCAUCAGCAGGAUUCAGCAGAUGAAGAAAGGCUCCUCUGGUCCUUCGCACAGGUGUUCCACCCUGAACCAGGUGAAUCCAGACAAGAGGAGGUUGAGGCGAGGGGAGACGGUGGAGGUCAGCAGCCCCUCGGCAAGCCUCGACACCAGGCCCCGGCUGAGAGAGCGGCCCCUGGGUCGCUGUCACACCCUGGACUCCGGAGAGCAAACACCGGAGCAGCCUGAGCCCGCACACACUCCGUACACGACUGAAUACACUCCAAAGGAGAGUAAUCAGUCAGAUGACGCACACACUUCCAAAACAGCUGCCAGCACGCUGUCUGCAGGUGUUCGGACGUCCAGAGACGAUACGCAGCCGGACGCCAAUGAAACGCACGCCGCCGAGGACUCUAACUGCAGCACCGGUAGUGAGACCUCAGCACCCUCGCCCUCCAACGUACCGUCACAUGCUGAUAAUCCGUCUGAACCCCGUCCUACACACACCUCAACCAAUGACUCUGCUUCACGUGACCCCACCGAGCCGUCCGACACCAACAGCCAGAGUCUCCGCCCUCUAAAUGGAGAGUCGGAGUCAUCCGGCGACCAGACUCAGCCUCGUACCGAUAACGAGGCUUUGCGGUCAGAAAGCAAGGACGGAGACUCCAGUCCCACCUGCCCCGCUGAGCUCCACCCCACAAUCCAGACCGACGGAGGCGAUCAGAGAGACACCAACCAAACCCCAGAGACGAGUGCAGAGUCGAAUCACGGAGGCGGCGACUGAAAUGGAGCCGUCGUGAGGAGCCGUGCAGAGAGAUCACAGAGCACUGAACAGGUUUAAGCAGACUUUUGGUUUCCCUCAACGUAAGACAUCACACAAACACCAAAAACGAAAUGUUUGCCAAAAGGAAAAAAGAAAGCACACAACUUGAGAUCAGAUGUGACACUGACUUCUCCGAUGAAGCUAACCAGCUGCAGCUACUGAGCUGACUCACACUGUCGCUGUAGAAAAUACACAGUAAAGUCACAUUUCUGGGGCUGACGGAGUGAUGUCUACCAGCUGGUUUGAUUCUACAGAAACAACGCAGGCUAAAGGGUCGGUCCACCCAACAAUAUAUUUUCUCACUUGUCCCUGGUGGUAUCUAACAAUACAGAUAGGUUUGGUUUAGGGAUCAAACGACCGGGGUUGGACGGACGUACGCUGCCGUUUCUAUCGAGUGGGAGUUUAAUUUAAUGGCCCCGACAUUUCAAUGUUAGUUAAUAGAGAAAAAAUACAGAAAGAGGGAGAGAGAAAUAAAAAAAUGUGCACAUAUGAGUGAGCGAGAGAGAGAGUAAGGAAGUGUGAGUAUGGACAGAAGGAGAGGUGAAACUCUUAUUUGGUAAUUACUCGAUGUAGUUCUGUGACUCAUCAGUGAACUACAGUGCAGGCUGUCCAGUAUACCUGUGUCAUAUACACACCUGCUGUAUGACAGCGUGAAAGAUUUCUGUCAGCACCCCUUUACAGUGGAGGUGAAUGGAAGUUAGUUUGUGCUGAUCACAACGUUGAGAAAUUACAUUUAAAAACGUCAACAACGACAUCUCUUUCCUCUAUUUCUUUGGUAGAAAGUAGUUCAAGUGAUAACUUUGACAUCUGUGAAGUAUCUGAAGUAACUGGAUGCUCCUUUUUUAACUAUUUAAAUGUUAUUUUCAAUGCUGUGAGCACAAACAAAAUUCCAUUCACCUCCAUUGUAUCCGUGUGGACGCAAAGGGGGAAAAAAAAGAUCAAAACGCAGCAGACAGAUUUAUUAUCUAAGCUGUCGGUCACAAAGACCUUCAUCAGUCUGGGGUGAAGGCAGAAAUCCCACAGACAGAUAACCAACACUGCUGUGUCUGCACGGCGGGAAAGUGAGAAAGUGUGGUUGUAAUUUGGGUGUACCGACCCUUUAAAGUCACAGUGAAAUAUUAAAAUGUAGAUUCACAACAGCAUCUCGUCGUCUUUAUCAGUAAAUGGAACUGGCUCAGGUGACACGGCCUGGGAACCAGACCCAUUCAGAUUGAUUUCCACCCGUCCUCGAUCUGGUCGGCCAAUCACGGCCGUUUAUCUAAUAAGGGGCGGGUUUGAUACGAUGACUGACAGAGUAGUGUCACCGGUCCAGAUUUGAAAAGACGCACCAGGCUCACGAAACUCAGAUCAAACUGUCAAACCAGGCAGUGCUGAUCAGAUAUGAAUCAAUAUUCUGUUAUUCUGCCUUUUUCCCGCCUCAAAUGUUUUCAGAAACACGUUUUAGUUUACUGUUUAGCUGUAAUUUGAGAAAGUUCGUGACCAGGCCGCCAUUUUUUCCUGCCUGAAAACGGGCCAAUCGCCGGCCCAACUUGCAUGUGUCGCUCAGCGCUGCGUCACACGCUCCGUUGCUCUGAUUGGUUGUAGGUCUUUCCGAUUGCGUCCAGAUCCCAUCACUUUCACUUCCUGUGAAACAGCAUAUCGUCAGUCGUUAAAUGAACUGUGGAUCAGUUUUGAACAUUACCGCCUCUCUCAUCCAAUCAAACUACCUUUUCUUUCCUAACUGACAUCAUAUUGAUUCACACUUGUGUUUGUUCAUUUAAAGGGAAAAGAGCGUUGAUGGAAAAAACAUUACGCUUUUGGAGAGCGCUGUAUUGCACCCGAAUUCCCAAAACUAACUAAAAACAGAUAAAAAACUUUUCACAGAUGAGAUAUUAGAUGUUAGCGUGAACAUUUUGGUUGAAUGAUAAUUUCCUGCAUCCUGUUUCAAUAGCAAACGUGAAAUCUACUAAAAUACCAUUUCACUGUGACUUUAACAGAUCAGAUGUUGUUGGGAAUAUGAACAGACUUCCUCCAGUCUGAAGAGGUCUUCGGCCUCAGCGGCUCCUCCUCCUCCUCCUCCUCCUCCUCUCACCUGAGUUUGACGCACUUUCUUCUUCUAGCCUUCACAGAAAGAAAAAGGGAUAAUAACGGACGUUAUUUUAGUUUCAUACUGUGUAAACGUUGUUGCUUUGGUUUUUGUUUUAAGUCACUAGACUGUAGCUCCGAUCUGAGCACCAGACUUCAUUUGAAGAACAUGUUUUUUUUGUUUUACUUGAAUACUAGACGUUAGCUUGUUUUCAGUUUUACAGUUUGGUUGGUUUGCUCUUUCUUCAGCAUCAUAUUGCUCCACUUAUAUUGUUAUUAGGAUACUUUUAUUUUAUUUAUGACCCUUGUUGAUGGUCGUGUGUUCAGAGAGUUCAGCUUCUCCUGAAUGUUAGAAUGUGUUUUCUCCGCAGACGCAGAGCAGGUUAAAGGAUCACACAGCUGGUGUUAAAUGUUUUUAGCCCGUUAAUUACAAAUCUUUUAUUUUACAUUUUACCGCCAACUAUUUUCAAAAUCAUACCAACAGAUUUUUGAUUGAUUUCCUUCCUUUCAACCAUUGACUUUAGUUUAUUUCUACAAAAAUCUACUUGCAGAGACUAUAUAUAUAAAUAUAUAAAUAAAACCAGGAAAGAUCAAAAAUCUAGAGUGAGUGUCCUGACAGCAGCACAUACAACAUAUAGGUUACAAAAUAUGUAAUGAACAUACUUAUAAUGAAAUAGGUAAAAUAUUAAGGGUCAUCUUAAUAAAAAAUUGAUAAAAUAGCAGCAAAAAAUACCAUCCCAUUACAGGUAUACUGUCCUUUAUGGUGCAUUCAAGAUCACUCUGACAACGAAAAAUGACAGUUGACUGACAAACAAUAUGUAAAAAUGAUACGAACAUGAAUGUUUGUUUUUUUGCAUUUCAAAUUUGUUGCUUUUCUGCAGCCUGCUGUCGCUGCUCUGUCCAAGCGUCCUUGAACGCACCAAAUGGACAAAAGGAAACCAUCCUUUAUAAUUCGAUUAAUAAUAAGAUUACCUCAAUUUGACAAAAAAAAAUAAAAGUGACUCGAUGACGAUUCAUAUUAUUGAUUUAGUUACCGUUUUACAAAAUUCUGUCGUCCAAAUAAAAGAUUUCCAGCAAACUGUAGUUAAAAAUAAAGCUGAAACUAUUAGUUUAAUCGAUUAGUUGAUCACAAAAAAUUUGGAUCAUCGGUUAAUCAUUUAAGUCAUUUGUCAAGCAAAGAUUGAUUUAUGAAAACGAUGAUUUGCUGCUUUUCUCUGUUUGAUACCAGUUUGAAAUGAAUAUCUGCAGGUUUCAGACUGUUGGUCAUAAAAAAAACAGGCAUCUGAAGAUGUCACGUUGGGCUCUGGGCUUUUUUUUUUACUAUUUUCUGCCAUUUUAUAGACCAAACGAUUAAUUAAUUAAUUGAUUAAUUAAAAGAAAAAAUAAUUGGCAGAUGAACUGAUAAUGAAAAUAAUUUUUAGUUGCAGCUCUAGUGAAAAACGUGUGAAGAAUGUUAUGCAGAACAGUUCAUUGCAUUUAAGUUUAUCAAUAUGGUUACUUCACAUGAUUUUUUACGAUAUAGAUAGAUAUUGGCAAAGAUUCUUUAUUUAUAUAAUUCGAUAUUGAUUUUUUUUACCACUCUCAAGCAAGUUUCAAGUCUCUGCGAAUUGAUUUUCUGAAAUGAAGUGAAACCAAACCAAAGCCGGAUUUGGAAAUGGGUCAGCAGUGAUGUAAAACAUACGGGAGUUAAUGAAAUAAAACGUGCAAAACCACCAGUUUGGUCCUUUAACAUUAGAAGAUAUUUAGUCUUAUUUAAUACAGCUGCAUUACAACAUAAUGAAACAGCUGCAGUACUGUAAGAGUGUCCCCAUCAGUGUUACUGUUCACACUAAUGUCACAUAGUUCACUUAUUGUUUGUGUUUGACUGCGGACCGUUUCGGUGAGGAUGAAGCUCCACUCCACUUGUGACGGAGUCUUUGUGUUUCACAGUGUCUCGUUUAAGCUGAAAGGAUGUCAAACCCAAUCUCUUAAUUAUUUUUGUACGACUGUUUUUAUUUUCAGGUUUGGAUGUUUUAAAGAUGAUGUGAAUGUGCCUUAUUUAAUUCACACCCAAAUAACCGAUAAUAAACCCGUCAUUGAGACUAA